AUGACCCAUCGUAUUUGUUCCAUCUGGAUUCUAUUCCAGGCCCUAGGAACAGCAUCAGGACUUUCGUUCAACGUCCCAGAAACUCCCCCAUCCAAUGCAAGCAACCAGCUUCCUGCUGCACCUGUUGGGGUGUCAGAUCGAGCGACAUAUGAUCCCUCUUCUCCCAACGCAGUGACAUACUCGGUGUCAGAUCCAGCUGACGCGCCAUCGUCGCUCACCUUUGGGCCGUCCUUUAUGACUCUGGCCUCCAGCUACGGCGGCGAUGUAAUCCUCGGUCUCAAUCGGCGCCUGAACAAUCUGUCGAACACCAUCGCUGCUGCGAAACUCGCAACCCAGCAAAUCGCAAAUCUAGCCGCAAUUGAGCUGGGAAAUGAGCCCAACUUCUUCACCAGUAGCGACCCCAUCGCAGGCGGCGCUUCCUGGACCGCCGCAGCGGACUAUGCCUCCGAAGUCGCCUGGCAGAAGGCCGUGUGCGGCAAUCUCUCGACGACGGAUCUAAUCUCAGCAGGCGUGUUCUUUGGCACGUCGCCGAUGAGCAUCUCGGGGCUGUCCGCCGCCGAGGGGAGUGCAAAGACAUACGUCCAUGACUACUGCUCGCACAACUAUCCCCAGUCGGGCAGCACCGCGAACCUGGCUACCCUGAUGGGCCACAGUGCUAUUGCUUCCCAGAUCGAGCCGUUCGCUGCCGAGGUGUCGGCUGCCGCUGCGCAGGGCAAACCGCAUAUCGUGGGGGAAACGAACUCGGCUACUCAAGGGGGCGGUGGGAUCAGUCCGACCUUUGGUGCUGCUCUAUGGAUUCUGGACUAUGUGAUGCAGUUUCUCCUCAUGGGCACGCAGUACUGCUGGUGGGGACGAUACGACAUGGGAUCGCCUUACUAUGGCGCAUACUUUGCAACCAUGGCCCUGGCCAACGCAGACAAGAUCGCACCACUGGACGACCAAAGCACAUCGUACGCCGCCUACGCCAUCUAUAAGGAUAACACUCCUGUCAGAGUCUUGCUGUACAACUCCGACUACUACACCAGCGGCGCCCGACCGUCCCAGACAUAUACACUGAGUGGAUUGAAGGCCUCCAGCGUGACUGCGAAGCGUCUGACAGCGCCCUACGCUACCUCUCGUGUAGAUCGUGGCCAGAACCCGACAGUCGCGGGCCAGACUUUUGCGAACGGAACAUGCACUAUCCAAGGGACAAUGGUCCAGGAGACCACGACGGUUUCUGCUGGGAAGGCGACGUUUACAGUGGGGGCGUCGGAGGCAUUGCUAGUUUAUUUUCAGCUUUUCUCGGACUAUGCUAGCCCGACGACACUAGGCGCCGCAUACUUAAGAUCAACAUACCCCAACUGCCCCUCACAUCGGGAAGCACGAUCACUCCGGCGGGGGAGCGCAAUCCAUGAUGGUGACAUAAUCAACCAGCUCCAGGCGAAUUGGAUCUGGGUGCCGGACUGGGUUGAUUCUUCCAUGGUCAACACCACCGGUCGUAUAGUCCGGUUUUAUCGCGAGUUUCAUCUCUCUUCGCGUCCGACUCGCGCACUCCUGCAUUGCUCAGCCGAUACUCGGUACAAACUCUUCGUCAAUGGCGUGCGGACAGUCGUGGGGCCGGCGAGAAGCAGCCCGUUGAUCUGGUACUAUGAUACCCUCGACAUUGCACCGUACCUUCGCGAUGGGAAGAACGAGAUCAAGUUCGUUGUGCUGCGGUACUUUGUGUCUACCAGAGGCGCCAUGCCGUUCGAGCGGACGGCACUCCCUGGUCUCACUGUCGUGGGGAGUGUAGAAACCAACUCGGAAACGGUCGACCUGAGUAGCUGUCAUACGGACUGGAAGGCGCAAGUUGACGAGAGCGUACGCUAUCCCAUGGGACUCAUAGACGAUGGGUUUCUCCAUAUCAGUGAGCGCAUCUCACCCACUCCGCCAGGCCCAAAGAUAGACCCCAAGGUGUACGGCGUCAAGACGCUGAAUGGCGACCUCGCGACCUGGCCUCUACGACCGCGGGUGAUCCCCAUGCCUGAAACGAGUCCUGCUAUCGUGAACAUCGUUCGCCAUGCGCAGAGCUCCAUUCCCGUGCAUGACUGGUCCUCCUGGCUAGACCAUGGCAAAACAUUGACUCUCCCAGGGAACUCAACCCACACAAUCGAACUCCAGGCCGACGUUCACUCAACAGCGUUUCUCCGGUGGACCCUGCAAGCCGCGAGGCCGUCUCGCAUCCGGCUCAAGCUGACCUACUCGGAAGGCUACGAGCUGGAGCCCCGGUCAUACCCUUUCUUCCGCCGCAAAGCAGGCCGACUCGACGCAGAAAACGGCCAUCUCCUCGGUCCAUACGACGAGGUCACCCUCGACCUUCCCGGAACGCAGAACGCAACUAUCUACGAACCAUUCUGGUUCCGCACGUUCCGUCUCAUGCGGUGGGAGCUCACCAUCGGCCCGGAACCAGUCGACCUGAUAUCCUUCGAGGCAACCCAGGUCAACUACCCCAUGGGCGUAAAAGCCACCUGGAAGGAACCGGGGGACGCGCACAGCGAGCAGAUCUGGGCCGUCUCCAUCCGCACCAUGCGCAACUGCAUGUUCGACGGGUACUCGGACUGCCCGUUCUACGAGCAGCUGCAGUACUCGGGCGACUCGCGGUCCGUCGGGCUCUUCCACUACCUGCUCUCGGGCGACGACCGCCUGAUGCGCCAGGCGAUCACCAACUUCGCGGCCUCCGUCACCGCCGAGGGGCUCACGCAGUCGCGGUUCCCGUCGCACCAGCCCCAGCUCAUCGCGGGCUUCUCGCUCUACUGGAUCCUGCAGGUGUGCGACCACCAUCUCUUCUUCGGGGACGCGCGAUACACGCGCUCCUUCGUGCCCCGCAUCGACGGCGUGCUGGACUUCUUCGAUGUGCACAUCGACGCUCUGGGUCUCGUGAGCGGGCUGCCGCAGCACGUAUGGCAGUACGUGGACUGGGUGACGACCUGGCACGCCACGGACGAGCACCCGGACAAGGGCGUCCCGACUUCCGGCCGCCGCUCAAACCGCCACACAUACUUCAGCCUGCUAUACGCGUACGUCCUCACGCAGGCAGCGGCGCUGGUGCGAGCGGUCGGUCGACCCGGCCACGCAAACGAGUACGAGCGCCGCGCCGCGGCUGUCCUGGACGCCGUGCGUGCGCACUGCUACGACGGCCGCUUCUUCACCGACUCCACGGCUGACAUCGCCGACGACAGCGCCUACUCCCAGCACUGCCAGGUGUUUGCCGUGCUGUCGGGUGCGUCGCCGCCGCACGAUCGUGCGCGUCUGCUGCGGGAAGCGUUCGCCGACCCGCGCUUCUCCCAAUGCUCGUACGUGAUGAAGUUCUACGCACUGCGGGCAUUCUCCAUCGCAGGGGACGAGGUGUACGAGGAGUUCUGGCCGCGCGUGUGGGAUCCCUGGCGGCGGAUGCUGGCGAAUAAUCUGACCACCUGGGAGGAGGACGAUGUGCGCCAGCGCUCGGACUGCCAUGCAUGGGGCAGUGUGCCGAUUUAUGAGUAUUGCACGGAGCUAGCGGGUAUUCGGCCUAUUGCGCCGGGGGCGACAAAGCUGCUCUUCAAGCCGCGUCUGGGACUGAAAUGCACCCUCACCAUCUAUGUACAUCUACUUCACGACGUAGCUCACUUUCGAAUUGCCCGCCUUCCGCGAGAUCUUGCGCACGCCCACCGGCCCACACAAGUCCGUCGUAUCGACAUGGGUGCCACCACAGGGAUACACCUCCGCGCCGACAAUGUUAACAACGCGGAACUUCUCUCCAGGUGCAACCAUCCCGGCAUCAGGAAUCAGGCGUUCCAGGCCCCGCGCGCGGAAGUCCUCUUCCGCCCACCACUCGACCUGCACGGGCAUCUGGGCCGCCACAUACUCAUCCACCUUCCGCUGGAUGGGCUCCUUCCACUUCCCAUCAAUCAGGCCCUGGAACUCGCACGCCGCGGAGUCGGGGAAAUGCGACGCCUUGAGCUCGUCGAAGUUCUCGACCUCGCGCUCGAGGAGAUGCCGCACCGCCGCGCCGAGGACGUGGCCUGCCGUGUGCAGUCGCGAGUACAACAGGCGCUUGUCGACGUCGAUUGCUUGCUGGACCGUCUCGCCUGGGACGAAGCUGUGGGCGGGAUCCGCGAAGCGGCCGAGGUGUAG